ACACAAUUACAUUUCCCUAUUGAUUACAAUUACAAUCUUAAAACUUAAGACAUUUCUCAAACUCAUUUUUUAUUAUUAUUAUUAUAAUGCCAAUAUCUGUCCAUGCUUUAAUGACUUGAGUAAUUUACUUCGAGAGUCUGCUAAAGUUUAAAAUAUGGACACUAACUAUUGCUCAUUAUAUUCAUCGUGAUAACUGAGAACGUGAUGACCAUCGAGUCGUUCACUGUUCAGUCUCAGGGUAUUUUGAAAUACUUCGUAAGGAAGCUACUGUACUUACGUUGGGUUUCCUUAUUUCGUUUUUCUAAAAUAUAUUUAUUCAGUGUAUCGUACAGCUCGUGAGUGGCGUCGCAGUAAAAUAUAAAAAAAGCUUUUUGUUUUUGGAAAUUUGUUUUAUAAAAUAAUGGGAGAGUGGAUUGUGGUAAAAUUAAAAUUCGGCGAUGAUUUACGAUGGGAAGCAAUUCCUGAUUCGUGGAUAAUAAGAAAAAAUGGACAACUUACUGGUUUUUGUUGGUGGACAGAAGGCGUUUAUCCUUAUCAUCAACCAUUGCCGAUGACACCUGAUAAAUUAUGGCAAGAAGUCGCUAUUAUAAGUCAAGAUAUGUUUGGAUUCAAAUCAGAGGUAGAAGCGCGGGAAAAUGUUUAUCACCUCAACCUUAUGAGAAAUAUUAAUGGCCAAAUUGAAGUCAGUCAUGCUCUUUGCAGUGCAAAAAUAAAACUUCAUCAAAAAAAAGUAGAAGAGAAAUACAGAACAGAACUUCAGUAUCUUUUGCCGAUUCAGACUAUUGAGGAAUUUAAAAAGUUUGAGGAACGAUUGGUUAAAGAACCAAAGCUGUCUGCUGAAUUGGUAAAUGUAUUUAAAUUUUUAACUAAUGAUAAAAAUCUACGUGACAGUAAUUGGAAGAUUUUAAAUGCAAUCUUUGAACGCAAUGUCGUAAAAAAUUGUUCAUGGGAUGGAAGUAAUGCUACAUUAGCACUUAGAGAUUCAUACACAAUUAAAUUGAUUAAUGAAUAUUUUAAUAAUUUCUUCCAAAAAUUUGAUCUCGCUCAAGGUGUCACUGAAUGGUCAGCAUGUUUCAGGUUGUAACAAAGCAAAGAUCUUAUUUUUUAAAAUAUUUUAAGUAUUUUGAUUUCUUCGUUAACUUUAUGUACUAACAUAUAUUUAACAUUGUAUAUAAAAGCCUUUCUAAAAAAAUUUCAAUAUGCGAUUCAACAGUUCGUUAAUUAAAUCUAAUUUAAGACUCUAUUUUAAAUUGAAAAUAAUUAUAUUUAACUGCUAACUGUACAUAUUAAUCAUUGUAAAAUAAAUAUCAGUCACAUUAAAAAUUAUAAUCGUUGAAUUGCAAUCAUUACCAAAGUAUGCAAUACAUUUACAAUUUAUGUAGUCUGUCGUCAAUAUUUGUUGGUAAAUAAUUAAAAUAAAUUAUUUGUUUAGUCACAAACACUAAUUAACUAUUUUUGUAUCUUUAUAAGUUAAACUAAAUAUAAUAAACCAAUAAACAUAUUCUAUUUAUAUUUAUAAAUUCAUUGUUAUAUUUAAUGUUAUUAUAGACCAAAUAAUUCCCGCAGGAUUAUAAUUUGUAAAAGAAAAGCCAGCUUAAUAUAUUUACACACACGCGCACACACCUUUAGGUAUCUGACUAAUACUUUGUUUAAAUUUUGAUAUAGAAAAUUUUCAAAUUUAAUUUGAUUCAUUCGACUCUUGGUCUUGAUGAAGGAAACAUUUGCCAGUACAUUUUACAAUAUAAAGUGAUUGUAAAAUAAAAAAUAAAAAGAAUUUUUUGACAUUUCUCGUUAGUUUGUAAAAAUGCAGGAUACUAGUGAAAGUGAUGGUAGCUUUUUUGUAGUGGAAGUAGAGAUGGAGUUUUCUAAUUUUUGGGUGGUGAUUUUGGAAAAUUGGAUGCUUAAAGAAGACGGUAGUUUCACUGGUUAUUGUAAAUGUCCUGAUACUUUUAGUCAUUUCACCGAUUUGAAUUUGAUUAUUAAUACAGACGCUAAUUGGCGUGAACGUCGUAUUGUAAGUAAUUUUAUGGAGAUACCACGACAAUAUACGGUUUUUGAUACAUUUGAAGAAGCUCGGCAAGCAGCACAGGAUCGUAAUCGCUUGAGAACUACUGAAAGUCAAAUAAAUAAAAGUAUUGAAUAUUUGAAAACGCUGGAGGAACUACGUAUAGCGAAACUUCAACUGGAAUAUUACAAAAGAAAAAUAGAAUACCAAAUUUCCUACAAAAUAGAAGUUCUUGAAAAUAUG